GUUAUCAACCAGAGGAACUACCACACGAAGGUUAUCCACCAGAGGAACUGCCUCAUGAAGAUUGGCAAGCAGUCAACUAUCAACGUUCAUUAGGUGAUGGCUCCAACAAGAAUAUGGAGGACAUGAUCCGAGAACUCUCCACAGCCCUUUCUGGCGUCAAGCACGAGCAAGACUACAUGGAGGUCCGUGAGCGCAUUCACCGCUCCAUCAACGACAACACAAACUCCCGUGUCGUUCUGUGGUCUGUUUUCGAGGCCCUGGUGCUGGUGGCCAUGACCAUUGGCCAGGUGUACUACCUCAAACAGUUCUUUGAGGUCCGAAGGGUGGUGUAGAUCUGGAUAUAUUUUCUUUUCCUUGUUGCAUCAAAGGAAGUGUUCUUUUCUUCCCCUCUGUUUUUGUUGGAAGAAAUCAAAGUGCUUCAAAGUUGUAUUUCUUCCUGUGGUGUUAUUUAUGUCUGUGUCAUUGGAAUUGAAACGAUUACAUUACACUUCCUUUUUACUUCCUCUCUGUAACUGGGGUUUGCCUACUUGUAAACUCCUUGUUGUCUUCUUUUUCUUCUUUUCCAAAGUUAGCGUUACAAAAUCAAGGACAAACAAUUGCGUGUUUUUGUAAUUUAUCAAAAAAGACUGUAGCGUGGUAUUUGGUAAUGUUUGUAAAGCAACAAUUUACAAAUAACUUUUGAAAUAGUUCUUAUGAAAUUGGUAUGUUCAGGAUUGACCUUAAACAGAAACAAAAAAGAGUGAGAGAAACAUAAACCUUAAUGCAGUCAUUACAAGCUGCAUUUGCACAUAACUUUUUUUUUAUCAAUUUAAGUGGCAGUAAACUUGUGUUAGUUAAAGGUAUUAGACAAAUAGACAGGUAUGAGUCUUGUAGAUGUGUUGCCACAUUUUUUUUUUCACAAAUUCAAGGAUUAGAUAUUUAUUUUUUUUGUUUUUUGAGGUUAUAUUUGCUUUGCUUAUGUGUUAUUCUCAUUAUGCAGUGGCAUAGAUGUAAAUUUUUAUGUGACUAAUUUUUAUGGAAAAAAUAAAUAAAUAUUGUUA